AUGGUGAUUUGCACGUGUGAGAUAGUGUUCUGUCUGUACUUUUCAAGCUUACUUUCAUGAUAUUUUCCUGACUAUAUCACGCCUGCGGAGAAACGAAAUGUGGCUUUUUUUUUUUUUUUUUUUUGCCUCUGAAAUGAGUUUUACAAAACUUUGAGGAAAGGAAAAGUAGUAAGACGUAUUGUUUUGAGGAAUCCAGAAGGUAAAGUUAGUUUUCAAAUAUAUGUGUAAGUUCUCUAGUCUGGCUGAGUUUUUUGGGGUCUCGGAUACAUGCUGAAAUUAAAAUACAAAAUUUUUUUUUUAAGAGCUUAGCAGCCACAUGAGCAACACUUCCUAAGUUGAUAUGACAUCUGUACAUUUGAUUUGUGAGUUAUUUGCAAAUGAAUCCUCUGUUUCAUUCGUGUGAAGUUUUGGACAUAGUGGGAGAUGAAUGAAACAAUGCAGAAAGUUGAACAUCUUCUCCCAAGGAGAAGUUACUGAUUCUGUUCUACCAGCAGAGGGCUCCCUUUUUAAGCUAAUGAAGAGCAGCGGGCGUCUUGCCCAUCACUUUUCAAAGCCGAAAACUGAAUGAGAAAAGACUCAGCUCACACUUCCAGUAAUGUAAUAGAACCUCUAUGGUAGAGGAUUGUACAUGUUGUGAGAAACUUGACGCAAAGUUCUCAAAUCUAAGACUUGCUCUAAGUUGGGGGUGUACUGCUUUCUUGGACAGUGGACAGUUUUGUUCUGAGAUGGAAAAUACACUGUUGGGCUAGAAAACAUCAUCAUCUUGGAAGGUUUUGACAUGGAACAUCAUGUAAAAUCAGACAGGUAUGCUGAGGAGACUGAUGUUUCCAAGCUUUCUAGCUUUAGAAAGACUAUUUUUAAAAGUAGGGCAAGAUUCUGCAGCUGAGGAUGCAAGCGUGUUCUUAAAACUAACCAUAUGUCCCUGUGAUCAGCAGGCAGGAGCUGGAAGAUUCUCUUAAAGACUCUUUUCUUUCCAUUGGAAAGUAGGUUUUUCAUGCUCUCUCAGUUGCACCAAAGGAAAGUUUGUUGAAGUCACCUGUAUCGUGAGGUUAGCACAUUUCCAGAUACUGCAGGUAAUCCUCAAGCUGGGGCCUGCCUGCGUGCACUUUUAUGUCCGCCCCUCGAUCUUCCUUUAGCUCUGCAUGGGACCAUGGAGUCACCUUCCUAUGCAGAGUCUGAGGGUAAAUACUAUAGACAGAACCGUGCUUCUUCACAGAUAAUUAGAAGGUCUUUUUGAAGUAAAUAAGCUAGAAAUAGAAAACAGAAAAAGUCAGUUUUGUUAUAGGUGUGAAAUUUUCACACGUGGCCUAAAAGAAAUUAACUUCAGUUUCACUUGUUAAUUUUAACUUUCUCUGGCAGAAGGAAGUGAAGACCCAGGGCCAGUGGGUGGAGAAAAAGGAGUUUAGGACCAAAAGUCUGAAGGCUAGGUUGUGGUGCUCGGGCCUUGAUCCCAUGGCAGACCGCUUCACCCCUCUGCCCUCUGGUUUGGGGUUAUGUGUGUGUCGCCUGAGGGAUUUCUUGAAGUGCUCUUUAGAAUUACUUUCUGGUUUUAGAGCUAGUGAUUCUGUGACUUGACCUUGUUACGGUGCUGGGGGUAUCAGUAAAGCCGUCCAUCUUAUGCAGAUGCCAGUGAAAAUUUUCUUAGGUCAAAUUUUAGUCUGGUUCAUUGCAACUUUCUCAGAGGACAGAAGUCCUCUGGGAGGGCAUACCAUUCUCCUGGCCCUAUCCUUUGCGCCAUUUAGCAGUCACGUGAACUUCAUGCAGACACACCUUUUAAGUAUUAGGCAACCGGACGGCCAAUUAAACUGGGUUGAAGUCGGCUCCAUAAAAGUAGCUGCAUAGUGGGUUUCUUCUGCCAGUCUUCACGUGGUCGUGGAGGGUAGUAUCCAUGCAGACUUACAGCAGUCUUCCCUGGGAUCCUCUCCUCCCACGAGCAGACCUCUUGCAAACCUGUCCCCUGCCGAACCCCUCCGCGGGGCUCUCCUGGUACACCUGCGGGGCGAGGUGGACUUGCUCGGUGUUCUGGGCCGUUCGGAGAGGCUCAGGCCUUUACAAGCAAGGCUUUGAUUCUAUUUUUGCUGAACUAGCUCAGCCACUUCCUGUGUUGGGCCGUGCAUAGUGCCUCGCUUCACUGUGGCCACUUGAGCCCCGCGCGCUGCUGCAGCCAGUUAGACUAUUUUAGGUCCCUUCACAAUGGCCUUCUCAUUUCCUCGGCGAAAAUGAGCUAGUCGGGCUGGCAGUGGCCACUUGUUAGCCGAUGACAACUUUGACUUUGACUUGGGCUCCCCUCCCCCACCCGAAAUCCCUAGCUCAGCAAAUAUUUGAACCUGCCCAAGUUAAUCAUGAAGCCGUGAUCUUUAUCUGCGAGCCGCGCGAGCGCCAGGGCUUUCUCCCUCCCGCGGACAGCACCAGCACCAGCACCAGCACCAGCAUCCAGUGGCUCUCUCCAUGGCGAGCGGGCGGUGAGCGGCGCUGCUGCGGCAGUCCCGGCAGGCCCGGCCCGGCGUCCGCGUCGCGCCGCGCGAGCCCGAGGGUCCCGCGCCGCCGCCGCCGCCCCUGCCCCUGCGCUCUGCGGGCGCGAGCACCGCCACGGAGCGGGGGCCGCGGGGGCCGCGGGGGCCGCGGGACUAGCCGGGGGCAUUGUUUGCACUGUCGGAUCCUGGCCUUGCCGCGGGAAACUGCAAACAUGCAUAACCUGCAAACAUUGCCUCCUAAACCACCAAAACCCACUACUGUAGCCAACAACGGUAUGAAUAACAAUAUGUCCUUACAAGAUGCUGAAUGGUACUGGGGAGAUAUCUCAAGGGAAGAAGUGAAUGAAAAACUUCGAGAUACAGCUGACGGGACCUUUUUGGUACGAGACGCAUCUACUAAAAUGCAUGGUGAUUAUACUCUUACACUAAGGAAAGGAGGAAAUAACAAAUUAAUCAAAAUAUUUCACCAAGAUGGGAAAUAUGGCUUCUCUGACCCACUGACCUUCAACUCUGUGGUUGAACUAAUAAACCACUACCGGAAUGAGUCUCUAGCUCAGUAUAAUCCCAAACUGGAUGUAAAGUUACUUUAUCCAGUAUCCAGAUACCAACAGGAUCAAGUUGUCAAAGAAGAUAAUAUUGAAGCUGUAGGAAAAAAGUUACAUGAAUAUAACACUCAAUUUCAAGAAAAAAGUCGGGAAUAUGAUAGAUUAUAUGAAGAUUAUACCCGUACUUCCCAGGAAAUCCAAAUGAAAAGAACAGCUAUUGAAGCCUUUAAUGAAACCAUAAAAAUAUUUGAAGAACAGUGCCAAAGUCAGGAACGGUACAGCAAAGAAUACAUAGAAAAAUUUAAACGUGAAGGCAAUGAGAAAGAAAUACAAAGGAUUAUGCAUAAUUAUGAGAAGUUAAAGUCCCGAAUCAGUGAAAUUGUGGACAGUCGAAGAAGACUGGAGGAAGACUUGAAGAAGCAGGCAGCUGAGUACCGGGAGAUUGACAAACGCAUGAACAGCAUUAAACCAGACCUCAUUCAGCUGAGAAAGACAAGAGACCAAUACUUGAUGUGGUUGACUCAGAAAGGUGUUCGGCAGAAGAAGCUGAAUGAGUGGUUGGGCAAUGAAAAUACGGAAGACCAAUAUUCGCUGGUGGAAGAUGAUGAGGAUUUGCCGCACCACGACGAGAAGACCUGGAAUGUGGGCAGCAGCAACAGAAACAAAGCUGAGAACCUCCUCCGAGGGAAACGAGACGGCACCUUCCUGGUCCGGGAGAGCAGCAAACAGGGCUGCUACGCCUGCUCCGUAGUGGUGGACGGCGAAGUCAAGCACUGUGUCAUCAACAAAACGGCCACCGGCUACGGCUUCGCCGAGCCCUAUAACCUGUACGGCUCUCUGAAAGAACUGGUGCUUCAUUACCAGCACACGUCCCUCGUGCAGCACAAUGACUCGCUCAACGUCACACUGGCCUACCCAGUAUACGCACAGCAGAGACGAUGAAGCGCUUGGCCUCGGAUCCUGCUCCUGACCUUCAGCCACCCUGAGGCCUCUGGACAGCACAGGGCUCCUCUCCGGCCUUGACCUGUCAUUGAGCUGCGGAAACGAGGCCAUCAGCCUUCAGAUGGGACAAAAGAGUAGAGGGGAAGACACGCAGCCUAGCACCGUGCGGUGACCCUACAUCUCUGAUCUGGAGCGCUUGUCCUUCCUUCUGUUUUGGGGGGGUUUUUUGUUUGUUGGUUUUGUUUUGGGGUUUGUUUUUUUUUUUUUUUUGGUUUAAUUUAAGCCACAACAACACACGACACAAGGAGAAAAAGACAUGCAAAAAUCUCCGCGUGCAGGGACAAAGAGGCCUUUAACCAUGGUGCUUGUUCAUGCUUUCUGAAGCUUUACCAGCUCAAAGUGGGGACCUCGGAGACCAGAGGGUGGACAGGCUCCAGAGCCCCGGCCUGCGAGUGCUCGCGCCAGGCUGGCUGGGCCUGGGCCUUGCUGUGCACGGUGGACCCGGACACGUGGCACUGUGGAUUAUUUCCUUUUCUGACAGAUGAACCAUAUGUAGCAGAAAGGCACUUCGGCUCACAAGAGACAUUCUGGGAGACCAUCGGCUCACCUACGUUCAGAGGAAAUUCUGUUGUAGCGGAGUGCCAGAAAGUGUUUUGUUUAGACUUUGAAAAACAAAAAACGACCCCACCAGUGGAAAAAACGGAGCUUGGAAAACAAGACUUUAAAUGACAUUCAUUAUAUAAAAUAUGUACAUAACAAUGGAUGACUAACUAUCAGAUAGAUAGAUUUGUAUCAAUACCAAAUAGCUUCUGUUUUGUUUUGCUGAAGGCUAAAUACAAAGUGCUAUGCAAUUCUUAAUUGUCAUUGUUAUCUCAAUUUUAAAUGUACCUUCAGAAUAAGCUUCCCCCGCCCAUUUCUGUUGCUUGAAAAUAUUGUCCCUGAUUUUUUUGUUAAUAUUCGUUUGUGAUUCUUUUCCUUUUUUUAAAAAAAGAAAUGUACAGGAUGCCAGUAAAAAAAAGAAAAAAAAAAAGCUUCAGAAUUAAAACUAUGAAAUAUUUUACAGUUUUUCUUGUACAGAGUACUUGGCUAUUAGCCCAAGGUUAAAAAGUUCAUAACAGAUUUUUUGGACUAAAUGUUUUGUUGGGCAGUGCCUGAUAAGCUUCAAAGCUGCUUUAUUCAAUAAAAAAAAGAGAAAGAUAUAUAAAUAUGACAAAGUAUCGCUGAGUUCAACAAUGUUUCGAGACUCUUAAAAUACGGUACCUGGUAAUGUUUGUUUCGUAAAGAAUUGUGAACUUCUUGAAUCUGGGGGUGGGGAGGGGAUGUAGCAAAGGGAUGUACAGGUGGGGCGGCAGGAGGGGUGGCAAGAUGGUAUGCACUUUUCUCAUGAUUACGGAGAAGUGAGUAACUUAUACUUCAGUCUUUUCCCACUCUCAUUUGCUAGUUACUAUACAUUAAUGACAAGUACAGACCGACUGGGACUCUAACGCGGUGUGGCGGCCGGUCAGAUAAUGUAGUUCGUAGGAAGAAAGUCAGCCUCCUGGGGCGGUGUUCACCUUUAUUUGGAACACUGCAGGGUGUAAUCGCUGCAUUUAGAAUAUGUGUCUCUUUUUAACAUGAGAUUACCCCUUACAACUAAUAAACAUUCAUUUCAGAAAAAGCCAUGACCGGAAAAAAGAUUUUUAUCUGCACAUUUGUUAUUUUCCUACCUUCCCAUUCAACUGAGACCACAAGGCCAAUACCCAUGCUCCGAGCCGCUCCUGUGCUGGGCUCUGGCGAGCUCAGUAAAGGCCACUGCAGGGAUUCCCGACAGUCCUCCCGGUUCAUCCAAGUCAGCGUACGGUUUCCACUUCAGCGUGGGGGAAAGGCGGGGGUCUUAGAGCAUCCUUUCCAACUUGGGGCCAGAGGGAGAGUGUGUCCCGGACUUACACAUGCCCAGUCCAUUCUGUGUGGCGGCAAGCGUCCGUGUGUGGGGAGGGCCAGAGGAUCGAUGUGACGGUCCCGACCCUGGUAGUUUCCAGUGGAGCCUCACAAGUGCAGUUUUCCUUUGCCAGGAUCGCUUCAGCCACGGCUUUAUUUCAGAUACUCCAGGGAGGGCUUUUUGUCGUGGUUUGCGGUGGUAAUUCCUUUUAAAAACUCUUUUGAAGUAACUGGUCCAGCAGCUGACUCCAACUGCAGAGUGUCGGUCUUACGGCCAGACUGUCAGCCCUGAGACCUGACUGCACUGACCAGACCAUCUCCCUCUCACCGCCACACGACCGAGGACUGCCCUGCUUGUAAGUGUCGCCUUGAAAACGGUCCUUCACUUCCCCCGCAAGCCAGCCGCUUCUUUAAGAGUGGUUUAUAAACUAACGUCCUGCUGGGGUCUUUUUUGGUAGCACAUCCAUGGAUGCUGUUAAGUAUAAUUUUCAUUUCACAUUUAAAAUACAAGGUCUGAGAUGGAAUGUUUCGUUAAAAGAUAGUUUUGUUAACGUUUUUGGUUCACCACUCUCCCAAGACGGCUCAGUCUCUAGGCACCUGCCUUAGUUUUGCAUCUCACAGACGCAAGUAAGUGCAGCAGGGCUCUCUCUGAGCAGCCAAGGCAGGCUUCAUCGUUCCCUGUUUAUAGUGAGUUACACCGUAGCCAUGAGGUCACGCCUCCGCCAAAUGCCUUCUGGAUUGCGUGUAGCGUGCCCACCACAUUCGUCGUCCUACACGCUUGACCAGAAGAGCUCUUGGGGUUCGAUUGGUCAUCUCCUAAUAACACGGAGUGGCUCAUGAGUAUGAAUGGAUACAGCAGAGGCACUCCUGAGAACAUGCUUUCAUGCACGCAGUGAUUUUUUCCCCACGCGCUGCAGCAUCCAGAGGCUAAGCUAGCUGCAGCGAGGCUGUGAGGGGGCUGGACAGUGGGAGCACGGGGACCCGAUGCUACCCACAAGAGAAAAAUCCUAACCCUGGGAGAAGGCAAAAAGCAUGUGUUUGCAACAUCUGACAAGUUCACGGCCCUUGAUAUAUGUAUAUAUGUAUAUGUGCAUGGACUGUUUCCAGUACACCUUUCAGCCAAAACAGAUCCACAGUUGUCGGGUUCAAGUACAUAACAAGCACAUGUCUAGUACAACUCUUGUGUAUGUGUAUGGGUUGUUUUUUUUUUUCCUUUGAAGUGGCUUUGUCUUGUCUUCUAAAGGUGAAAAUUGUUGGCAAGUGAAGUGAGAAGUUCAUAAUUCUUUGGCUUUUCUCUGCUUUGUAAAGUUCCUCCUUUCGGUGAGCUGGUCUGGAUGACUUGCUUAACUUGGAAAUCCUCAUUUGCAGUGUGUCGAGUCAAAAUGUGUUUAUGUGAGCUGUCACUGUGGGGAACCAAGUGCUUUGUCAUAUAGCUGGUUAUGAACUAGUCACGUGUCUGGGAGUCCUACUGAUGUUCCUUAAUGGGAGAAAAAUUCUGCUGGUUUUAACACCUGUCCUUUUGCUAUGCAUGGUAUGCAAGGAGUCGGAAAGCAGACCCUGAAAUCUGAGUUCAGGCUCUUUUAAGAAAGGGGCAGUUUAAAGCACGAUGCCUCACAUGGGACAAAGUUCGAAAAUGCCAAAUUCUUAUUUUUUUUACAAAAUCCAGUUGUGUAAAAUACUAGUACUAUGAGUAGCAAGGGAACAGAAUUGGGUUCAUUGGAAACACUAUCCAACUUAACAUUAAACUUGUCACCAUGAGAUAGCAUUAGCUGCCCAGGAUGCUGCUAUUUAAAAAAACAAAACAAAACAAAAAAAGGCAAAACAAAAAAACUCAUUUAUAUGUGUGUAUUUUUUAAAGCUAUGAUCUGUUCAAUGUUUUUACAAAUCUGUUUAUAUGACAUUGUUAAAAUAAAGUUGGUCUUUUGACGAGAGGGAGGAUGUCAUGGUCAGUUGUAAUUCUGCCUUUACAAGGCAACUGGGUUGGGGGGUGGGGGGAGUGUGCCUCCUUGACAUGUUGUUCAAGCUAUAGAUUCAGUGGAGCUAUGUCUUGUUGAUUUCAGUUGCUUCGAUGCGUUGUAUUAGGUCUUCAAACAGAAUAAAGGUUGUUUUGAAACUUAA